AGCUCAAAGCCACAGAGGGGAUUUAAAAAAAGCAAUCGACUUCCCCGUAUUCCAUGAUCGACGGCAACCUGCAAACUGCAAACUGCGGAAGAAGGAUAUAAGCAAUUGAUAUCACCUGGUCACGACCUCCACCUAGUACAUUCUACGCAUUAACGUGAUUAGAGACUCGAACCUGUGGCUGCGUAUCCCGAAUGCACCUAUUCCAUAGCUGACACAUAAAAGCUCAGACUAAAGGCGCAGAAACCCGGACCGAAUUAUUACAAGGUUCGCACCACCCGGUGAUAACUUCACUUCUCAUUGCAACCGUAUUCAUAGUAGCCUGCAACACCGAUUCGUCACCGAACGGUCCAGACCACCGCGACCCCCUAUCACUGCAUCCGUCCAACUUCCGAAACUGGUCUUCGCGAGAACCUAGUCUCCUUCACCGCAUCUUUUUCGGUUGUUCCGAAAAGCGUGCCCUCCUCUGCAUUCCAGCUCGGCUGGGCAAUUCCUAGUGUAGGAACAGUGCGCAUUUUACCGCCUCAAACCACAACCACACCCACAUCCACAUCCAGGUUACAUAAUGGCCGACCGUGGUCACUAUCGCGGUGGCCGAGGAGGCGGCGGACAUCCCCGCGGAGCGCGGGGCGGGCGAGGCGGAGGGCGAGGUGGACACGGAGCCGACUCGGGCGCUAGCAGCGGUGCACCGCAGGAACGGGAACGCCCAAAGAAAGAGAACAUCCUCGACCUAAGCAAAUACGUAGACAAGAGGAUCACCGUCAAAUUUAACGGUGGCCGAGAAGUCACCGGCACACUCAAGGGUUAUGAUGCGCUUAUGAACUUGGUCCUCGACGAUGUACAAGAGGUUAUGCGAGAUGACGAAGGCAAGGAGGCGACUCGAUCACUCGGCCUAGUAGUUGCCCGAGGUACUCUACUAGUAGUCAUCAGCCCAGUAGACGGAAGCGAGGAGAUUGAGAAUCCCUUCGGGCAACAAACAGAAGACUAGAACCCCAAAGACUUGUUACUUACCUAGCGAGUAAGAAGCUGGGGUAGUUAAUGAGAACUGGUGGGACUUCUAAAUGUCCCCUCUAGGAGUUUAGCACGGAAGAGACACCUGAGAUUUUCAGCCGUAUGAAUGGCAUGAAUCUCAAAUCAAAUUAAAUCAAACACGGUUAUGAUGUGGAAAUGAAAAUCUGAAAUAGUGAGUAAGCAGUACGAUAUGCUUGGCAGAGAUGAGAUGUAAGUAAAGAAGGUCAUGGCUAGACCAUAGAUUAGUUAGCGCGCGUAUGACAAAGAACAUACAUACCUCUUAUA